AAGUUAGUCACGUGACAACUUGUGACGAUGGCUGAAGGUGUUGUCCGCCGAAAUCUACCGGGAACAAAAAACGAAGAUCUUUACAGUUGGCCUGAUGAGCCGUUUGAUGAAAUGGAGAGCACGCUGUCUGUACAGCAAUACAUUCAGCAAUUGAUCAGGAAGGAUUACAAGGACAUCGACGGCCUGUUGGAACCCCCAGAUGGUCAAGACGAGGGCGUUUGGAAAUACGAACACAUCAGACAAUUUUGUAUGCAGCUGAAUGAGUUGGCCGUGAUACUGCAGGAAGACUGUAGUCCGACUGUUUGUACGCAGAUGACGUCCACGGAGCAGUGGAUAUUUUUGUGCGCUGCCCACAAAGCUCCGAAGGAGUGCCCAGCAAUUGAUUACACUCGUCAUACUCUGGACGGGGCUGCAUCUCUGCUCAACAGCAACAAAUACUUUCCAAGCAGAGUGAGCAUACGCGAGACUUCGUUGCAGAAACUGAGCUCGGUGUGUCGCAGAGUCUACAGAAUUCUGUCUCAUGCCUAUUACCAUCAUCGUGAACUCUAUGAUGAGUUUGAGGAGUCCACCUGUCUCUGCAAACGAUUCUCUGUGUUUGUGAUGAAGUAUAAUCUGAUGCCAAUAGAUAACCUGAUUGUUCCUGUCGAUCAUCCUCUUGUGUCAAAGAAGAGCAGCGAGUAACGGUUUGAAUACAGAUAACGCACUCUAUGGUAUUCUAUUGCAUUGUUAAAACUUUCUAAUAAUCUUUCUAAUAAUCGAUUAACAAGCAACAGCUAUAGCUCAAGGUAACUCACUAUGUACAUGCACCCGGGCUCAUUUGAACAGAUCACUACUUACUAUUGAAUUACUCUCAUCAUUUUCUGUCUAAAAUUUUUCACAAGUGCAAACAAGUGUAACUGGCAGCUUCGAAAUGCUUGAAAAAUAACACAUGCACGUAGUCUAUUGGUCUAUGGCCAUAAAGCUGCAAGUUAUGUUACACUCCAAGCACCCAAAUCAUCGUAAUGUACUAACUGUGCAAGUAGAUUCUUGGUUAUUUACAAUCUGAAAUUGGGGCGUAUUGAGAAAAAGACACGCCCACGCAAAUUUGCAGUAUAUAAUGAUCAGGUGUAAUGAUAAUGACGUAUUGUUAUUAUUGUAUUGGUGG